AUGUCUCGAGACAAGUUAACUGAGCUAAUUCCAUCUUUUACUCAUACAUGUCAAGAUCACAGUGACCAGCAACUAAAAUACUAUUGUCAACAAUGUAUUAUUCCAGUAUGCAUUGAAUGUACCAUCAUCAACCACAAGGACCAUCCUGUUACUGAGAAUAUGAGCAGGGAUGAACUAACUAAACUAAUUCCAUCUUAUACCCAUACCUGUCAAGAUCACACUGACCAGCAACUAAAGUACUAUUGUCAACAAUGUAUCAUUCCAGUAUGUAGUGAAUGUACCAUCAUCAACCACAAGGACCAUUCUGUUACUGAGGUAAGUAAACAGGUAGACAUCAAUAAGGCAACAGUUCAUGAGAGCAUACAAGGUUUCCAAGUAGCUCAACAACAACUUAAGAAAGUCUUGAUAUCAGGAGAAGAGAUAAAGGAGAAGAUCAAUGCUCGUAAAAAUGAGAUAGAUACAAUCAUACGUCAAACAUUUUCCACUCUUCAACAUCUUUACAUGAACGUGAGGAGUCUCUGUUAG